CUAAACACCAAAGGUUCCCUGCAAAUAGGCAAAAUUUUCAAUUGCAGUGUUUGACACAUUUCCCAAUUGCCAAUUUUGAGGUAAAAAACUCCAGUCGCUAAAAGAUUGUUUGAACAAGGGGAAAAUCUGGAAAGGUUGAUUGAAAAAAAAUCGUUUCUUUUGUUUGGCAUACACCUUCGCUCCUUCAACAGAAAUUGAAAACAAAGGAUAUUACCUAUCACAACAAUCAUUCCUUUUUUUCUUGGUUUUAUUUCGAAAAAUUCAUCUUUUUUUGUUCCUUUAAUUUUUGGUCUUUUUCAGGUUUGACAACGACUGUAUAUUCUCUUCUCUGUGGUCAUUGUUUCCAUCUUUAAAAAGUCAUAAAUGUUGUUCCUUCGUAGGCAAGUACUUGCUCAGGUAGGAAGGUUUGCGAAUGUUAGUGCGAAUGCUUCAACUAAAUUUGGCUCCCUACGAUUUGCUCAUAAACCAUCAUUCACUGCAGAUUCUUAUCCUUCUUUGCAGCGGGAUCCCCGUUACGCUACUUUAAAUCAAGCAGACAUUGAUUUCUUUAGAAGUACCUUGGAAAAAGAAGGAGGAUCCAUUGUCAAUGGUCUUGAUCAAUCUACCGACCCUUCUGAUUUGGAAGCUUUCAACGUUGAUUGGACUCAUAAGUACCGGGGGAAAACCCAGUUGGCCAUCAAGCCCAAAACUACAGAGCAAGUAAGUCGAAUCCUCAAGUAUUGCAACUCUCGACGACUUGCAAUCGUUCCUCAAGGUGGAAACACCGGCUUAGUCGGUGGCUCCAUCCCUGUCUUUGAUGAAAUUGUUUUAAACUUAAGUCUUAUGAACAAAAUCCACUCUUUUGACGAACUCUCCGGUGUCCUCAGCUUAGACGCUGGUGUCAUUUUGGAAAAUGCAGACAACUUUUUGGCUGAAAAAGACCAUAUGUUUCCUCUAGACCUUGGUGCCAAGGGAAGUUGUCAAGUCGGCGGUUGUGCUGCCACUGCUGCUGGCGGUCUCCGUUUGCUUCGAUAUGGCAGUCUUCAUGGAACCAUUCUCGGAAUCGAGGCAGUCCUACCUGACGGCACCAUUCUUGACAAUAUGGUCACCUUACGCAAGGACAACACGGGUUUGGACCUUAAGCAGCUUUUCAUCGGAAGUGAGGGUUACCUAGGUAUCAUUACUCGUCUCACUGUUAUUUGUCCUCGUAGACCUCGUUCAACAAACGUUGCAUUUUUUGGAGUUUCUUCAUAUGAGAACGUCCUCAAAGCAUUUUCUGAAUCCAAGUCCUACCUUACGGAAAUUAUCUCGGCCUUUGAAAUGAUGGAUAACACUUCCCAACGUCUUGUGGAUGCUCUCAACUCAACUCAGCGUCCACUUGAAGAAGAACACCCAUUUUACGUUCUUCUUGAAACUCAGGGAUCCAACAAAGAACAUGACGAGCAAAAGCUGAAUGAAUUAAUCGAAAACCUUAUUGAGAAAGAAGUGAUUGCUGACGGUGUAAUUGCUCAAGAUGAAAGCCAGUUACGUGUGCUUUGGGAACGUCGAGAGGGUAUUACUGAAUGUUUAGCUAAAGCUGGCUCUGGUGUCUAUAAAUAUGACGUUUCUUUACCUUUGAACGUUUUAUAUGACUUAGUAAAUGCCACCAAGGAAAGAUUAGCUGACCUAAAGUUGCUUGGGGAGUCUUCUGAUCAACCAGUCAUUGAUGUUGUAGGCUUUGGUCACAUGGGCGACGGAAACCUGCACUUGAACGUUGCUGUCCGACAAUAUGAUAAGCGUGUUGAAAAAGCUCUUGAGCCUUGGGUAUUUGAAUGGGUUGCUUCUCAUCGUGGCUCAAUCUCGGCUGAGCAUGGCCUUGGUCUUCUAAAAAAGCCAUACCUUGGAUACUCAAAAUCACCAGAAAUGAUUUCUUUGAUGAAGACUCUGAAGAAUGUCUUCGACCCUAAUGGGAUUAUGUUACCCUACAAAUAUGUUUAAAGCUUAGAUACUUCAUUUAAAUCAGCACAUACAACAUCAAACAUAUUCAUAUACACAUAUAUACGCACUUACAUAUAUAACCACCCAUAUUUACCUAUUUUCUAAAUAAUGUAACUAUAAAACCUAAAAAAAACUUGUCCUUUUCCCGAUUAAGUAUCCAAAAAUUAACGCCUUUCCAGUGAUAAUUUAAGCAUUUAUUACUGAUGUUGCUUGCAUUUUGUCCAAAAUGAAGGAAAGAGAAAACUCAUUAUUGGAUGAAAGCUGAGAAAGGCGUUUACUAAGAACGACGAUAGAUUUUUGUAAACUCGUGAGUUGACUUGCGUAUUCAAAAUUUCUUCCCUUAAUGAAUUCUCCAUGGUGAGAAAGUAUUGAACGCAUCCAUUUGAGAUGAAACUCAAUAUGCGGAGUUUCAGCAGCGAAUGAACUCAAAUAAUUUAUAAAAUUUGCAAGGUAAGUAGUUGGAAGUUGUUGGGUAAUAUGGUCAAUGUCAGCUACAGGAACCGACUCAUAAACUCUUUCUAUAACUUUGUACUCAUUCAGACGAAGAGCCAUCACAAGUGCAAUCAGAUAUUCACCUUCACCACAAACAGCCAGGGUAGUAUCAGGAGUAAUGUCAAUAUCCAAAUUGAUAGGAUCAAAAAUGAAGUCGUUAAUUAAGGAAAAUA